AAAGUGAUGAAGCUGUCUGUGCAAUGACACCUGUGAGGAGUCCCCAUUUGACAGCAAAACAACCCGAAUCCCUUUUAUGAGCCAUGGCCUGCUGUGUUGCCCGCUGCUGCAGUGUCCCCACCAGCCCUGCCACCACCAUCUGCUCCUCUGACAAGUCCUGCCGCUGUGGAGUCUGCCUGCCCAGCACCUGCCCACAUGAGAUCAGCCUCCUGCAGCCUACCUGCUGUGACCCCUGCCCCCCACCCUGCUGCCAACCUGAAGUGUACGUGCCAACCUGCUGGCUGCUCAACUCUUGCCACCCAACUCCCGGCCUGAGCGGCAUCAACCUGACCACCUACGUCCAGCCUGGCUGUGAGAGUCCCUGUGAGCCCUGCUGUUAA